UGCGAAAGAAGGAAAAAAAAGGGGAAAUGUUCUUCUAAACGUGUUACUAAAAUAAUUUCUACACAUAAAAUAUUAAUAAGUUAUUUUGAAAAUGCAGGCGUUUACAACAAAGUCAUUCUCUAGUUUAAUUAGAGCACGUCUUACAGAAUUCUUCCCUCGUCAACAUUAUGUGACCCGCAAGAGGUUCUACCGCAACACUGGCAUCGUCCAGAGCGACAGUAAGUGGGAGGUGACCCUGGACCACCGGCGGCUGAAGACGCCGAACGGUCGUGUGCUGUCGGUGAGCAGCGAGCCGCUCGCGCGCGCUGUCGCCGCUGAAUGGGACGCGCAGGUCGAACACAUCACUCAGCCCACCAUGCACCUGACAGCUUUGUGCAACACAGCCAUAGACAACCCUGGGAAGUUGACUUCACAUGACAUUGCUAGUUAUCUACUAGACUUUCUACCUACAGACACGCUACUGUUUCAUUCAGAGGAAGAAGAGGAAUUAAGAGCGCUGCAAGCAGAAAAAUGGACACCAGUACUAGAAUGGUUCCAAAUGAGAUUCAAUGUUACGCAAGAGACAUCCAAGGACUUGGCACUCCCUCCUGUUGCUACAGAGACUCGGGCAGUCCUGGCACGAUACUUGCUGUCAUUUGACUUCACUGCACUUAAUGCAAUUUAUUUCGGCGUAGAAGCCCUCAAGUCCCCCAUACUGAUGAUUGCGUGCGUGGAGCGUCACCUGGAGCCGAAAGAAGCAGUGUUACUGUGCCGCCUCGAGGAAGAGUACCAGCUGUCUCGGUGGGGUCGAGUGCCCUGGGCGCACGAGCUGAACCAGGCGGAGCUGACGGCGCGCGUGGCGGCCGCGCUGCUGGUCGUCGCGGGCGCCGGCGAGUCGCACUCCGCACGCGCCAAGUCGACGCCGCCGGAGACCGCCUAGCCCAGCCGCUCACGACCAACAUGGACUUAUCAAGUGAAAUACGAGUAUUAACUUUGUAAUGAUCACAAUUCGUUUCCAAUCAGUCAAGCACUGUCUUCUAAUAGUGGCUUCUCCAAAAGAGGUUUGCUUAGCUGCAGUUUCGUAAGAGGUUUCGUUUCUUGCACAUCUCUAGUGGAAAAACAAUAUAUAUGUAAGUAUAA